CAGCAAUUCCAGUACUAUUUCCUUGUCUAGCCGAAGUAAUAUAUUUAUUUCAUUUAUUUUUGAAAUCCGUAAGCCAAUCAAGAAAGUUGGUAGUACUAUUAACUUUUAGACUCAAAUUCAUUGAAUUCAAACUAUAUAUCGUCUCUGCUAUUUAUUGAAAGCAGUGAGCCUAUUGAUUAUGUCUGAUGAACUCUAAACUUCUCUCAAGAUCUGCUUCAAUCUCUCCCAUGUCUGUCUUCUCACAGAUUGCAGCCCAAGGUCUUGAGAAUUAACAAUUGGGAUUUUAUUUGGUUGGCUUGAAGUCGGAUUUCGUCUGCACUAACAAGAAUCAGUCAGAUGGAUAUAGUCAAGGAUUUAACCGCUGGUACUGUUGGAGGAGCAGCGCAAUUGAUAGUUGGCCAUCCUUUUGAUACAAUCAAAGUCAAGCUCCAAAGCCAGCCUACUCCACUUGCAGGGCAACCUCCUAAUUAUGCAGGUGCAAUAGAUGCUGUAAGGAAAACAGUCGCUUCUGAAGGUCCAAGAGGUUUAUACAAAGGCAUGGGAGCUCCACUUGCCACUGUAGCAGCCUUCAACGCUUUACUUUUCACUGUUAGAGGUCAAACGGAGGCAUUGUUAAGGUCUGAACCUGGAGCUCCUCUUACGGUCAAGCAGCAAAUCCUUUGUGGGGCUGUUGCUGGAAAUGCCGCAUCAUUUCUUGCCUGUCCGACUGAACUCAUAAAAUGCAGACUGCAAGCGCAUAGCGCACUGGCAAGUGUGGGAUCAGCUUCUGUGGCCAUAAAGUAUGCAGGGCCAAUGGAUGUUGCUAGACAUGUUCUUCGUUCCGAAGGCGGUGUGAGGGGUCUCUUCAAGGGUUUGGGCCCCACCCUGGCGCGAGAAGUACCGGCAAAUGCUGUUAUGUUUGGCAUAUACGAAGCGUUAAAGCAGUACUUUGCAGGAGGCAUGGAUACUUCUGGGCUAGGACGGGGUUCUCUUAUAGUAGCUGGAGGGUUGGCUGGUGGUUCAGCCUGGUUUGCAGUGUAUCCAACAGAUGUUGUUAAGAGUGUAAUUCAGGUUGAUGAUUAUAGAAACCCGAAAUACUCUGGCUCUUUUGAUGCUUUUAAAAAGAUUUUGGCAGCAGAAGGUGUCAAAGGCUUUUACAAGGGGUUUGGACCUGCUAUAGCGCGUAGCGUCCCAGCAAAUGCUGCUUGCUUCUUGGCAUAUGAGAUGAUUAGGUCUAGUUUGGGUUAAUUUCUCGAAGGUUUUGGCGAACUAAUUAAAAAUUUUCCCAUUGGAAUGAUCUGUAGUUCCGAACUUCCAAUUAAUAUUUCAGCAGGACAACCGGGCUUCAAAAAUUUUAUAGUACCGUUUUUUAGGAUUAAGAAGAGAGAAAAUUGUGUGAGCCAACCUCUGUUAUCAUACAAAUAUACAAUAGGAAUAUAUUGCCACAAUAUUUGCCAAUUGUUUUAAA